CGACAACGUAAAGGAGCGAUAAGCGCCCAAAUACUGAAAUAGGUAAUGUUAUGUUAUUAUUAUUUGGGAACAUGGAAAAGGUUAUACUUUCAUUAUUGGUCUUUGUCUGCCACUCCCAUCAGAUGCCACAGCUUGACAUAGACGUAUUUACUACAACUGAGUCGACCGAUUCUACCACUGAAAAUACCAAAAGCUUGGAAAAAAAUUCACGAGUUACUGAAGAGACUAAAAGUUUGGAAAAUAUUUCACAAGUUACCGAAGAGACCAAAAACUUGGAAAAAAUUGCACUAGUUACCGAAGCUACUGCUGUUUCGGUCAAAACUUCCGUUAACUUUUCGUCGUAUGGUCCUAAUGUGGUUUUUGAAGACUUCAAGCCCAGCAAUUAUUACAGACCUGACGGUAACCCUAUAUUCGAAAGGCCUAGUCCGCAAGUUACACACGAAGUUUUUCAUAAACCUGAAUACUUUGCAAGACCCAAUAAGCAAACAUAUCAAUUGCCGCCGAAAUCUAGCGACAGUAACGUAGUUUUCCCCCAAGCGACCAAUGAAUAUUACUCCCAAUACUCACAUAAUGACAAUCGAUCUAACGGGUUGGAGUCUAGGGGCCCGUAUAAGUUUACCGAAGUCUUACCUCAACCGCAGUCUAAGCCAAUGAAACACGAUUUUGGUGGAAUGCAGCACAUUAGUGCUUCCGACAACAACUUUUACGAAAAGCAUUUCGGCAAAUAUUAUGGAAACGAGAUGUCGCAAUACUCAGACAUAAUACAUGAACCACCAAAACUUUAUCAUAGCGUCACGACUCAUAAAAAAGAUCCAUGGAAGAGUAUGCUGAAGGUAUUGGCUACUAUCCUGCCGGUUGGUCUGUUGCUAGCUUCCUUUCCACCGACCGUCAUCAAAGUGGAUUCCAAGCAAUAUCCUUACCAAUUUCAAAAGAAUUCGACGACAUUCAGUCCUAAUGUUAUUACUGGGAAGUAUAAGGCAUCGAGAAAGAUGAGCACGGAAUUGAAAAUUGACGGAGCAGACAAAUCGCCCGGAUAUUUAAAUGAUUGUUUAAAAAAAAAAAUAUGCGAAACCCUAAAGAGUAACUAUUCGCAUAGUGAAUUGAAAACUCUACUGCAAAACUAUCAGUUAAAUUGGACCACGGACAAUGGCCCGACGAUGGUGGAAAUCACAGAAGUAGCAACGUCUGCAGAGCCGGAAUCGUGUCAAGUAUUCGCUUGCACUGAUUGAACAAGCUGGGCGUCUCUGUCGUGUUGUGUAUACAUACAUACAUAAACAUAUAUUUAUAUAUAUAUAGGCACUA